UGUCGACUCGGGGCCGCGGUACAAACGCCGGCACCGCCACCGCCACCAUUACACCCCCGAGAGAUGUUUGAGGACCGGCGGCGUGCAGCGCCCGUCGGGGCCGCCUGGUGCAGCGGCGAAGUCCCGAGGAAGGAGGUGUCCCGGGACUGCAGCCCGGACCGGGGCGGCCCCCACCAACACAUCUGCAGGGGGAUAUUCCAGAUUGAGAAAAGAAGCUGCGACGUGCUGCUGACUGCCAGCAGGCUGGAAUGGACGGCGAUUGAACCGGAGAGCCCUACAGGUGAUGGUGCAACGAUUUCCCAACGCGAGGCAGAAUUUCUGGAUCUGAAAGAAGUGUUUGCUGUGAAGAUGAAACGUCGCCGAUCUAUGAAACAGCAUAAUGGAGGAACUCUUUUAGGAAUUGCCAUCUUUGUGUGUGUCAACAAGGGGCAAAAUAAGCUCAAGCACCGUGUUAUUCAUCUAAGCAACUUAAGUGAAGACCAUUGCAACAUUUGGUUUAAAUAUCUAAAAGAUCUUCUGAAUGGAUUUUUUCCAAAUAGACCAAAGUCACUAAAAGUUAUUAUCAACCCCUAUAGUCACAAAAAAGAAGCUACACAAGUCUACCAUGAACAUGUUGCACCUCUUUUCAAGCUGGCUGAUAUCAGAACAGACAUUACCAUUACAGAGUACGAAGGACAUGGGUUUCAGGUUCUGAAGGAAUGUGAUAUUCAAGAAUUUGAUGGAGUGGUGUGUGUGGGCGGUGAUGGAACUGCCAGUGAGGUUGCUCGUGCCUUACUGCUCCGAGCGCAGAUUGAUGCUGGGAAGGACGUGGAUUCCAACUUCACGCCUGUCAGAGCACCACUUCCUCUCGGCAUAAUACCAGCAGGUUCCACUAAUAUCUUAGCAUUUUCUGUGCAUGGACUUAAGCAUCCAAGUACUGCAGCUAUGCAUAUUAUUAUGGGUAACCUUCAAGAAGUGGAUGUUUGUACCUUUAGUAGUCAUAACAGGCUGCUUCGAUUUGGUUUCUCAGGCAUGUUUGGCUUUGGAGGGAGAACAUUGGCCUUCGCAGAAAAACAUCGUUGGAUACCUUCUAAAGAGCGGCGGGAAUUUGCUGUAAUCAAAACGUUGGCAAAUCUCAAGUCUGAAGAUUGUGAAAUAUCAUUUCUGCCUUCAAAAAAUACCCACUUGGACAAUCAAGAUUGCAAAAGAAAUGCAAAUGGAACAAAUGCGGAGGAACAAUGCAGUGAAGAUGAAUGGAAAAGCAUGCAGGGCGAUUUCAUCAAUAUUAGCAUUAUGGCGAUUCCUUGUCUCUGUUCAAUGGCACCAAGAGGCCUCGCACCUGACACCAGGUUGGAUAAUGGAAGCAUGUCACUUAUUGCUGUCCGAAAUAGUACUCGAGCAGAUUUUAUUAAACACCUAAAGCAAUAUGGUAAUCUAAACAAUCAGUUCAACUUUCCCUUUGUAGAGACAUACACUGUCCAGGAAGUUAAAGUACAAUCAAGGAUGGAAAACAGAUGGGCUGAUGAGACAUCAGAAGAGAAAGCAGAUUUUAGUUCACGUUGCCCUUCAGUAGUUUCUUUAAAAGGAAAUUGUCCAUGGAACGUUGAUGGUGACUUAAUGGAGGACUCUUCCAAAAUUCAUAUAAAGAUCCACUCACAGCUAAUUACUCUAUAUGGUAGAAGUAUUGAAGAAUGUGAUGAGUCCACAGUACAGUGUGGUUGCCUAUAGUGAAGAUACCAAGCAUUUGUACUGGUUUAUAAUUUAGACUUUCCAAAGACAAUGAAUCAGGAUUGUUAGCAGAACUAUAAUGGAAUUCUAUGCAACUACUUUGAAAUAGCUAUAUUUGAUGGUUAGAUUAAGCAUAAAUAUAUAACAAUUUAAAAUAUAUAGUUUUACAAAUCUGUAUGAAAAUAUAUCCCUGAUGAUUACCAAUUUAAAACUUUGAAGGAACAUUUAUUUUGUUACUUGAUUAAGUUGUCUUUAGCGAUAUCAAUAAACUUAAGAGCAACAAAAUGUCACAUUCUACAAUAGUUCAAAAGACUUUUGUGCUGUAACCAAGAGAACUAAAAUUUGAACAACUUUGAUUAUUUAUUAUUCAGUGACAAAAUGACUAAGAGGGUUGUAUAUUUUAUGAGGUAAUUUAUGAAAUUGUAAAAAGAUCAUGUUUUUAAUUUACUGUACUUGGAUUUAAGAAAAUGAAGCUUUACAUAUAAAAUCAUAAAUGAGCAAUGGCACGCUUAAUGUUUAAUCUCUGAAGUGAUUGUUUUAGAAUUUUAUUCAUUUCCAGAUUUCUGGAAUAAAUAAUUAUUUUUAUCCUGUGUUGAUCUAAUCAUUUUGAAAUCAGAUUCUUGUAGUUUUCAAUUUAGACUGAACAGAC